AUCUCAUAUUCUUCUCCAUGCAGCCUGUUAUUAACCUACCUACACAAUUGACCUUCUCCUCCAACGAAACUCAUCUCUCUCUCUCUCUCUCUCUCUCUCUUCCAUUUCAAGUUUUUAAAUCAUGAAGAAGAAUAAUUUUAAAACGGCAAUCCUUUGCUUCCUCUUUUUCGUGGUGUUCUCCGUGUUACAGAUCAAUCUAUCUUUUCUUUCAAGAACAAGAAAUGUGACUCCUUCCUCAGAUAAUCCAGGAACAAAACGUUUGAAACAAAAGAACGUGUUCAAGCAGAAUUCAUUGCCGCCGCCGCAUCCACCGCCAACACCACCACCAUCCUCUCAAGCCACGCAAAUCAACUGCGACCGGUCCCACAGAUCCUAUGAUCUCUGCAAAAUCAACGGUCCAACUGUCUUGGACCCCACCAUCGCCACGCUAUAUCUUGCGGGCCCCACCUCAUCAACACCCAACAUAGUGGAGAAAAUUAGGCCUUACCCAAGAAAAUGGGAGAGUUUUAUUAUGAGAAGAAUAAGAGAGGUAACUCUCACAUCAGGCCCACAAAGCCCAUCCUGCGAAGUCCAACACAACAUGCCAGCCUUGGUAUUCAGUGCGGGAGGGUACACUGGUAACGUCUUUCACGAUUUCAAUGAUGGGCUUAUCCCACUCUUCAUCACCGUCAAUUCUGUCUUCUCCGAUGAUCAAGAUUUUAUCCUUGUGAUAUCAAAGUCUCGUGAUUGGUGGGUCAGUAAGUAUGCAGAUUUGUUACAAGCUUUUAGUAAGCACCCUAUUAUAAACCUAGAUAAUGAUACUUCCACUCAUUGUUUUACUUCUGCCACUAUAGGCCUCAUAUCACAUGGAUUUGUGACUAUUAACCCCAAGUUACUCCCCAAUUCAAAAACGUUCACCCAUUUCCAUGCCCUAUUGGAUAAAGCCUAUAGUACCGACCACAGUGAAAAAAACCACCACCGCGGGUCAACGUUCAAUCUUCCACGGCGAAAGCCUCGAUUGAUAUUGGCGAGUCGUAGUGGUAAUAUUGGAAGAGUGCUUUUAAAUCAGAAUGAAGUAAAAAAUCUAGCUGAAAAUAUUGGUUUUGAUGUUAUUAUAUUUGAACCUAAUUCUAGUACUCCAUUGCGGAAAGCUUAUGCACUAAUUAAGUCAAGUCAUGCAAUGAUUGGAGUACACGGUGCCGCUCUUACGCACUCGUUGUUUCUCCGGCCGGGAUCUGUGUUUUUGCAAGUGGUGCCUCUAGGCAACGAGUGGGUAGCAGAAUAUUGUUUUGGAAAUUUGGGGAGGGCUAUGGGAUUGGAGUAUAUAGAAUAUAGAAUUGGAGUAGAAGAAAGUAGUUUGAUAGAUAAAUAUGAUAAAAAUAAUUUAUUGAUAAAAGACCCAAUUGCCUCCCAAGGGAAAAAUUGGUCGGGUGAUGUUAUGAGUAUAUAUUUAAAAGAACAAAAUGUUAGACUUGAUUUGAUUAGAUUUAGGGAAUAUUUGAGUAGAGCAUAUGAGAAGGCUAAGAAGUUCAUGGACAAAGAGGGUUGAUGAGGGAUAUAAUUAUUAAAGUAAUAGCUUUGUUUUGUAUAAAUAUGUGUAAUAAACUAAGCAUUAAUCCAAUUGAGGCUCAUUUAUUCUAG